AACCAAUCACACUGGAUAAAUAAUUUGUAGAUAUUAUACAAUUGAAACAAAGUGAUAACGAGAUAGUUGGAUGUGUUGCACCAAUUGAAUUUCAAUACCAUUGUUUAUUUUUCUUCUCUAAAGUCGCAUAAUGCAAAAGUGAAUUGUAUUCAUGCAUUAGGACGAUUGUCUUGAGGUGGUAUUUAUUGAAUUUCCAUCUGCUCUAACUAUACAGACGUUGGAAUUAAUCAUUUCAAUUUCGCUGAGAUUUUACAAGUAUAAUCUUUUUUUUUUUACAAAUGUCUCUAUAAACACUGUUAUUAGAUGAACAGCGACUGAAUGUUCAAACUCUAGGCACCAGAAAACAUAAAGCAUUAUAUAUACUACUGUUACUCGUGGAAUUCCCAUUCUCACUACUGCAACUCAUCCAGCCAUCUGAUUGCUCAAAUGAAGCGAAGAGAGGUUGUAUUGACUUUCGUGAUCACAGUCACGAUUUUGUGGUACCUCAGUUAUAUAAUCCGCCGAAAUCCCCUCCGAUCUGAACAGAUUGACUCAACUGUCCCAAUAAUGAAUAUCGAAUCAUUUCUUUCAAAACUACCAUCACUUCCUGUCUACUCGAAUCACAGUAUCAAAACCAAAUGGUCAUAUGUUUCAUCAGAAAUGGGAAAGCAUGAGAAUAAAUUGACGGUAGGCUUUGAUGAGAAAUAUCUGGAGAAACUGUACGAUAAUCAACGAAAGGGCAAGUCAGUCGUGAAGAAAAAAAUUAUUAUGCAUUAUGGAGAAUAUCCGAUACUUACAAUUAGUAACUACACUUCCUGUUAUGCUUGUGAAUGUGAACUGUCAUAUAACAGAUCCAGAUGGAGAGAGGCUGAUAUCAUCAUCUUAACAGAUGAAAAUUAUCCUCGAGGUGAAAGACCGCGGAAUCAGUUGUGGUUUAUUUUUAUACAUGAGCCACCUCAUAAAGUGAAACUGUCAUAUGAUUUGGGUGACAGAGUGAACUACACAAUCACUUAUCGACAGGAUUCAUCAGUCUUCCUGCCGUAUCAUAAUUAUAAACCAUUUGACCCAAGUCAUUCAUGGGAUACAAGAUAUCCACUCCCUUCUCGUAAUUAUGCUAUUGGCAAGACUAAAAUGGCUGCAUGGUUCGUCACCAACUGCAACCCUAACAGUCCAAGAAAUGAAUAUGCGGAGGAGCUAUCGAAGCAUUUUGAGGUUGAUAUCUAUGGAAGUUGUGGUACAAAGACAUGUCCCAGAACUAACGAACCUGAGUGUUACAAACUUCUCGAGAAAGACUACAAAUUCUACCUGAGCUUCGAGAACAGUUUGUGUCCGGAUUAUAUAACAGAGAAGGUUUUCAGAAAUGCUUACAGGUAGGUGAAAUGAAGGUGAUAUAUACUUGUCCCACACACUGUUCUUAAUAUUGUCUCUCCCAUGUUAUAUGAAAUGAAAUAAGGAAUUUCCACAGUAUGGCUUAUUGGUGAAUGGCAUAAGUGUUUAGUGAAGUUACGAGGAGUGUGGAAGAGAGAUGAGCGGAUUAUCAUGCCUUAUUAUAGAAGAGCUCAAGUAAUCGAUUCAGGAGAAUACACUGAAUGUGCCAGCAUCAAACAGUCAGUCACUUGUACAUUCCUCACACGAGGGAUAUAAUAUGAGGCUGGAAGCCUGACGAGUAAGUCAGUCAUCUCCACAGUUGAUUGUUGAGUAGUCAAUUAGAGUAGGCUAACUACCUCUGUUUGAGACCAGGUGACUUCCUUACACUCAUCACAAUACAUUUUGCAUGUAUAUUAGUAAACCGUAAUAUCAUGGACAACAACAUGAUUCUGUUGAGUAACUGCGUCACUUAGAUCUUGAAUAUUCGCUCACCCAAUCCCACCGAAGUAUAUACUAAAUGAAAUUUCCC